AUGGUAUUUUGGCUCGAAUUUCGGGUACUUCGAUACAAGCCUCAGGUGCCAAGUUGUUGGUUUCAUCUUGAAGGCCGGCUUCGUAAUCGAUCGGUGAAGCCAUUCGAUCGGUGGUUAUUUGUAGCUGAUCCGAAAUUCAAGAUGUUUUUGGAAAUAAGUGCAAAGCACAAUGGCAUGAAACCUGUACUAGAUGAUUUGCAGAAGAAAUUGGGAUUUUGCGAUAAACAAAUGGAAGCUUCUAGAAUGACAUUGUACAGGUUUGGUAACAGUUCCAGCAGUUCGAUAUGGUACGGAGUGGCUUAUGCGAAGGCGAAAGGUAGUGUAAAAAAGGGAGACGCAUUGUGGCAGAUUGUAUUUGUGUCGGGUUUUAAGUGUAGCAGUGUGAUUUGGCGGGUGACCCGCUCCAUUGAUCGCAAUGAGAUGAAUCUAUGGCGCGAUGAAAUUGAUGAGUUUCUGUUGGAUGCUAGCGAGAUCGAAGCGCUCCCGGACCUAUUCGUUGCUUCCAAAUAG